GUUUGAUAAAAUAUGUAGAGUUCAAUGAAAAAUCCAAACUACUAACAUAGUUCAGUCAUUUCUAAUUCGACAAUUAAUAACAAAUAACAAAGAUUCAUAUAUAGUUUUAUCGAUUAUUGCAUUAAAUUAUUACAAAAAGAAAACUACAUAUGUACACACAUUACACAUGUUACGAUAUUCAGUAUUUCAUGUGUUAAAUAUGAAUGAAAAUAAAAUCAAACACCAAUCCCAUUCAUCAUUACCUAUAAAUACCAAGAUGACAAUGUCAUCAAAAGAAAUGAAUGCAUCCUAUUUAAUUCUUAAAAAUGAUGAUGAAAUUAAUGAAACUACCGUUAAUCUUGAACGAGAACUCAAUGAAAAGUUAACAUUGAAACAUUUAUUAAAUGAUUCAGAUUUUGUUGAUACUUCAAAUUUAGUAGAAUCAUCUGGAGUGAGUUUAAUUAAUGAACCACCUAAACGUCCAAUUAAAGGUUAUCAAUUAUUGAAAAAAAGAUUUCAUUUUACACGUGAAACAUUUACCGGUGGUUUAAAAAGAAAUAACAGUACUCAGAAUGCUAAAACAACAACAAAAACAAAUAAUCCAAUUACCACUACAUCUACUAAUAUUACUACUACUACUAUUAUUGAUAAUGGAAAUCAUAUGAACACUUUUAAAUUUAACAACUUAUUAAAUACAUCUCAUGAUAAUAUAUCACCAAGAGAACGAUCAUCUAGUUUCAGUGUUAGAUGUGAAAAUUAUGAACCACGUUUAUCAAUCCAAUCAAACAAUAUUAGAAAUAAAAACAAUAAUCGUUAUUAUAAAAAUAAAAAUUCAAAAUUGAACAAUACUAAUAAUCAUGAACAAUCCUUAUUAUCUAAAUCACAAUUAAAUAUAAAACCAACUACUCAUUUAGAAUGUUUAAGUUUACAGUCAAGUCGUAAACAAAGUCAAAUAUCUUUAUGGGAUAUGCAAAGAGAUUAUCCUCGAAAUUUUUUGACGUUAGGUGGUAGUAUGCUAGGUGUAUCAGAUACUGCCAGUAUUAUUACAGAAGGUAUAAAUGAUCAUUAUACGGAUUUAAUUUCAGCAUUUCAUAAAAUCUUAAUUGCUGUCGGUGAAAAUCCAAAUCGUCAAGGUUUGUUAAAAACACCACAAAGAGCUGCUAAAUCUAUGUUAUAUUUUACUAAAGGUUAUGAAGAACGUGUCAGUGAUAUACUGAAUGAAGCUAUAUUUGAAGAAAAUCAUGAUGAAUUGGUAUUAGUUAAAGAUAUUGAAAUGUUUUCAAUGUGUGAACAUCAUAUGAUACCAUUUAUUGGACGUGUUUCAAUUGGUUAUUUACCAAAUAAAAAAAUUCUAGGUUUAAGUAAACUAGCUCGUAUUGUUGAAAUAUUUUCUCGUAGAUUACAAGUACAAGAAAGACUUACUAAGGAAAUUGCUACAGCAUUGACAGAAGCAAUAAAUCCUAAAGGUGUUGGUGUAAUAAUUGAAGCUACACAUAUGUGUAUGGUUAUGCGUGGUGUACAAAAGAUCAAUUCAACCACAAUAACAACAACUAUGAUGGGUGAUUUAAAAGACAAUGCUAAAUUACGUGAUGAAUUUCUUCAGCUUGCUGGAAGAAGAUAA